AUGGACCCGGCAGCGGGCUCGCCGAGGAGCGACGACGACGCGAUCUUCGAGUAUUGGGCAGGCAAUCCCACCGUGGAGAUCUCCCAUGGUCACAUCUGCGUCGCCAGAGGCCGCAGGUCCCCGGGCCAAGAGCAGAAGUUGCCCCGCGACGCCCUGGACGACCACGCGAGCGGCAGCUCCGCGGCCACGAGCUCCUCCGUGGUACUCGCCAGCGCGGUGCCGUGCUACAUGUCCGCGUCCGAGUUUUGCGAGUUCGUGGGGGCCUUCAGCGAGGACUCCCACCGCUGGUUCAGGCACUGCAGGGUGCUGCAUGGGCGCAACCCCGAGGAGUACAUGAUCGCCUGCUGGCUCGCCUCGCCCGAGGCCGCGCGGGCGGUCAUCCGGCAGCACGACGGCCGGCCCUACAACACCAUCGAGGCGGGCGUGUGCCAGCUGCACCCAGUGGUGGGCUGCCUCCGCAAUAAUUGGCUGGCCGACGAGCAGUCCGCCUGCUCCAGGAAUUGCGGCCCCUCGCCGGAGAAGCGCUCCUCGCCCGCCGGGAGCCCGGCCCCGGACUUCGCCGCGCUCGGGGCGGCGAUGGCGCAGGAGGUCGGGAGGUCGCCGGCCAGGAGGUCGCUGAGCCCGGCUUCUCGGGCUGCGACGAGGCGCGCGAGGCGGGCAUCGAGGAGCCCAGCCCUCGAGUACGCCAUGCCCCACCCCGUCGCGCGCUCCCCGCUGCCCCUGUCGCCAGCCCGGGCGCCGGCGCAGGCGCGCCUCUCGCCGGCGCGGGCGCCGGCGCUGGCGCGGGAGUUGCGCGCUCCGGAGCUGGCGGAGCUGGACGCCCCCUUCUUGGCCGACCCCCGCGACCUCUUCGCCGGCUGCGCCGCGCCGCAGGCCGACGGCGCCGGGCUGGGCGGCUCCGCGUGCACCCCGGGCGCAGGCUCGGCGCUGGCGGCGGGGCCCUCGCCGAUGGUCCUGUCGCGCGGCAAGCCGCUGCCAUCCCAGGAGUUGAAGGAUAUGCAGGAUGAGAACCGCCUGGGAGACGACGCGAAGAUCGAGAUGCUCAAGGACGGCUGGAAAAUGAUAUCCACGGCAGCGGAGCAGUCGUCCAAGAGCGUCACCGGCACGAGGCGGCGAGAUGCGGUUCGCCAAGCGGCCCAGCCUUGGAGCGGGCGCCCGCGGGCGAGAGCGGCCGCGCAUGCCGAGUGCAGGGAUCGCCUCGAGCCUGAUUUCAUGAACGUCUUCCAUCGCAUCCGCCAGCCAGCAGAUGAAGAGGCGCCGGCUCAGGGAAUCCAGAACGGGAGCGAGGCAAGGGCCACCAUCGGCGGAGCGGAGGUAGACGCGGCCACAGUGGAGCGCGCCAAGUGGUUGCGCGCCGCAGGACAGGCAUUGCUCAUCACGGGGCAGGCUCCGCCCAUCGCCGGGGCGGCGCGCGUGGGAUCGACGGCCGUGGAGUGGCGGUGGGCGCUGGAUUCGCCGACGACAAUGAACCUGGAGCAGAUCCUUGGGGGCGCGGCGGGCUGGGUGGCGCGAUCGUGGAGCCGAGCCCCGGCUGCUUCCCUCGUCGCCUGGGCCGAGGAUCUGCCGGCGGGCGCGCCCAGGGCGGGCGCGCAGUCGCGUCGAGGCUCGCCCGCGAACGACUGGAGACUCUGGCCGACGAUAAGGUUGGAUGGGGCGACGUCAGAUCUUUUGGCGACCAUGGCCGCCGAGACGUUCCAGUGGGGGCCGCUGUGGCAGGACGCGGGCACCGCGAGGGCCGAACGCACCCAAGCAUGCGGGACCUUCGCGCAGCUGCUCGCGAGGAUCCUCCGCCGGCACUUGAGGGCGAAGGCGUUCAGCAGCAGGUCGUCUCUCUGCUAA